AUCAAUUUUCUAAUAAGCUAGUGAUAAAUGGCGCUAGAAGGCUAAUAGAUGGCGUCUUACACGCGAACUUCCUAACAUAAGUGGAUUUAUCAUCUAUGUAUGCAUAUGUCUAUGGUUCAAACAUGCAAUAAGUUUUGGCGGCAAACAGCAAGAAACAAGUGUUGACAAUUAUAUAUAAAAACAUAUAAAAUGGAAAGAAGAGAAUCUUUAUCGAAGUUAUUUCAGGAUUUAGGGUGUAAAGUCGAAAGUGAUGCCGUUCUCGAUAAAUGUUUUGAGUUUUGUGAAUCUUACAAUGUGGAUGUGGAAAAGCUUACAGAAUUGUGGCUCACAUUUUGUGUCAAUAAUAAUAAUGACAUUGAUCCCACUCUUCACAAUCUCAUCAAGAUGGAAAAUGCAGUAUUAAAAAAAGAUUACAAAUUGAGUGAUUUAAGUACAGAAAAUAAUGUGAAACAAGAACAAAAUAUAAUAGAUGAACAUUUUAUCGAAAAUAUAACUAGUGAAAAUGAUGAUGUGCUUAGCAUGUAUGGCUGUGCUGAAACUGUACCACCAAAACGUGCAAAAAGAACUCCGGAUGUAGAAGUUGUCGUGGACGCUCUGGCCGGUAAAACGAGAACUGCGGAAUUUUCACAAGCUAGCUACGCUGAGAGCUCAAGCACACAGAGUCAGCGCAACGUAACUGAUAAAGGAAAAAUUCUACUUUCCGUGGGCGAGACCGUCGCGUCUUGGAAGAGAACGGGAGAUUACAAUGUCGAAGUCACGAAGUCCGACGAACCGCAUGUCCCCAGCGAUGCCAAAUACAUGUACGAGAUCCUGUCGAAGCAAGGACACCUUCUCACAUUUGUAUGCGGAAGUUUGGGCAGUAGGUUAUUCAAGACGUGGUCGGCGGCGACCGACAACACCACUGAGCUGCGUUACGUGAAGAACGUGCGAAGUGUGAAUCAAACGUACUUCCGCACGUUCGGUCGCAUCAGUACGAAGAAGGAAUCCGCGAACACGGUGAUGCUGGAGGGUUGUACAAGACGGAAAGGUGUCUCGGCGGCCGACUCGAUCGAGCUGGAUUUCCGCAAUUUAAAGCAAUACUCUGUGUUCUCCGGUCAGAUUGUCGCGGUCGAGGCGAUCAAUCCAGUGGGCGAUGCUUUAUACGUGAAGGAAAUAUUUGCAAAGGCAUACGCACCAGUUGCAUCGGCGCCUAGAAUCGAAUCGAGGCUCAACAUCUUCGUCGCGGCGGGUCCUUUUACUGCAUCUAACAAUAUGCAUUAUCAGCCGCUGUGGGAUUUGAUGGAGAAAGUUGCGUCAGAGGAACCACAUGUCUUGAUACUCAUCGGGCCUUUCCUCGAGUACACACAUUCCGAAAUACAGGACAAUCUUAUCAAGGACACGCAUCAGGAACUUUUCGAAAAGAUUCUUACCAGAAUAAUGGAAUCGACAAGGAAGAACACGCAGGUCGUGUUGAUAGCUUCUAAUCGCGACGCGCACCAUGAACCUAUCUUUCCAACUCCUCAGUACACAGUUUUUAAUCGAAAACUUUUACAAAAUUAUCCAAACCUAAAACUAAUGCCGGAUCCUUGUAUACUGGAUGUCGCUGAUUUAAAAAUCGGGAUUACUUCAGUCGACGUUAUCAAACAUAUCGGGAAGGAAGAGAUAUCGAAUAUAUCAGGUAUGGACAGACUUAGUCGCUUAGCUGAUCAUGUACUCGCGCAAACGUGUUUCUAUCCCGUAUAUCCUCCGUUCGAGGACCUGAAUGUGGACACGGAAUUAUGGGAAAGAUAUGCGUUUUUCGACCAGCAACCGCACUUGUUAAUUUUACCGUCCGACAUGCGAAGUUAUUGCAAAGUAAUCAACGAGUGCGUGACUCUGAAUCCGGAACGCAUGCACAAGCAUGCGUAUGCCAAGUUGGGUGUGAAACCGGCUCUUGACGGUAAAUGGAGAUCCGAUAAUAUCUCGUGCGAAAUUGUCAAAGUCUGAUAGCUUUAACAUACACUCGAAAACAGCAUGUCGAACGGAUUAUUUGUUCUUAAUUGAAGGAUUCAGUGCAAUAAUGGUCUUGUAUUUUUAUAAGAGAAUUUUUAUUCCUUCAAAAAUUCGAAAAAUAUUAAAGAUCUUUGUUUUCCAGAUUAAUUUUUUCAAGUUUUUGAUGGGCAUUUUUGUACUGAAUUCUUAAAUUGUUGAUUAAUAAAGAUGCCUAAUUACCUAAAAAAAAUAUAUAUA